AUGCAACAGGACUGUACUCAAGAAGUUCUGGGGCUGUUUGUGACUCCUGGACCUUUCGGUGGAAGUUUCAGUCCUGUUCCAGAGUAUCAUUGCUCAGCUCAUUCCUCUGAAAAAGACCCUGAUUGGUUCUCCUUCCUCUGUGUCACCUCUACUUCGAACAACAACCCCUUUCUGGGACUCUUCUACAAUGGCGGGACAGUCUCUCCAAAGCCCAUUCCAUCAUUGCAAACUCUGCAGAUGACAGCUCCUGUAACUCCCAUUAACUACCGCCAGGGGGACCCAAAAUUCACCAAAGAUGACUAACACUUCACCAUCCCACAG